CUGAGUAGAGAAUCGACAACACCCUUUUCUCAGGUCGGGAAGCCAUCCGUAAUUUUCACGCUUCAUUUCUCCUGAUUCUCUUCAAAUUUUUUCGGUGCUUCAUAGACAACCUAAUGUGAAGAUUUUGAAACGCUAUCUAGGAAAUGGGGGAAAACAGAUGUGAAAUUCCCCAUGUGCCCAGUUAUUGAAAUAUAGACAAAGACCUAAUAUUGGAUCUCCUGUUGUUACAAAUUAUAUCAUUCCAAGCUUUCAAAAGAAAAAAUACAAAGUUAAAUGCAAGAAAAGCAUCAUAAAAGCAUUUAAGUAAUAUUCAGAAUUUUCAAAAGUCCACUGUAAAGGAAAAUAUCUUCUUUAAAGAAAGCCAGAAAUCAAGUGUCAUAUGCAGCUGAAAAUGUUGACAUUUGUAGAUGGAGCACAAACAAUGCUGAUGAAAACACCACAGCUCAAACGUAGAUUGAAUAGUUAAUAUAUUCUUGUGACUUAUUCAAAAACUAUAUCUCAGACCACUCUUUCAAGCUUUUCAACAUGUCAUCAACUCAUUCCAGUGCCAAAUCUCACGAAAAUCUAUUAAGCCCCAGGCCUAAAUGCCGCACAGAAAACAUCCCUGUUGAAAUAGGCUACCACUUUAACAGAGCAACAGCUCAAACUCGAAUUAAACCUCUGGGGCAAAAUCGCAUUCACACCUAUGGUACAGACAAUGCAUUCACGACAUCAGAAUCAAUAUCAUCUGUGCAGACAGAAAGACAGUUGCUGAAAAACAUGAUAGUGCUAGGACUAGGGUUUGUUUUUACAUUCAGCGCACUAUCCGCUCUGCAGAGUCUGCAGAGUUCUCUAUUUCUCGAGACCAUAAUCGGAUUACAUUCUUUAAGUGUUUUAUACGGUUUGGCAGCAUUCUCGUCUUUAUACGGUCCAAUAUUUGUUCAAAAAAUGACGCCAAACUGGACUGUCGUUCUCGCAUUCGUUCUCAUCGCCCUUUAUAUUUCUACAUUUUUCUACCCAAGAGCAUACACUUUGUUGCCAAGUGCCGUCCUGCUUGGUCUCUCUUUUGGUCCUUUGUUCUGCGCUCAGACCACAUUUCUGAUGCAAUUGGUAUCCAGAAUGGCUUAUUUAACGGAUGGCAUACGCGACAAAGUUCAGCAGCGGUAUCUUCGGCUUUUCUACUUCUUUUACAACUCUAGUCGAAUAUGGGGACAUCUAGUCACUGCCCUCUUAUUGCGAUAUGGUGGCGAUGUAUAUGUCUUCUCAACUCUCCCUCAAUAUCCCAAAUUCCAUGCGAGUGGACCACAUUUCCCAAUGAUGGACAUGCAUAUGUCGCCAUCCUUAUAUGCCACUGUUGCCAGACCAAGUCUUUGCACUCUGGAUCAUAUCACUGAGGACGGUAUCUUUCGAAGCCCCGCUUCUUACGUGUUUUAUGUACCCUCUAAUCUUUAUCUGAUGAUAAUAUCAGUUUUCCUUGGCUUGGCAUUUCUUGGUUUGGCUACUGUGACUACCCUGCUAGACAAGUUUGACUUGUACGUGUCUCAAGAUCCACUGGAGCGACCACCUAUUCUUCUUAGUUUCCGGAAGGUUAUUCUGUCUCUGAUAGAUCCCCAGCUACGGCUUAUGCUUCCCAUGAUAAUUUUUAUUGGUUACGAGCAAGGAUUCAUGAUUGCUGAUUUUACGAGGUCAUAUGUCAGCUGUGCUAUGGGAUUAGAAGCUGUUGGAUACACUAUGUUGUGCAUGGGAGCAAUGACUACUCUGGGGUCUGUGGCUGCUCAUCAAUUUUUCAAGCACAUUAAAAGGUUGACAAUAAUGUUUGCGGCAGUCGUUUGUCAUGCUGGACUUUUGAUGGUCUUAUGGUUAUGGACUCCAGUUAGAGAUGACGUGGCAGUUUUUUAUGUCAUUGCAGCUGGAUGGGGCCUUUGUAAUGCUGUAUGGGAAACUUUAACGACCACAUAUUUGGCUCAAACAUUUACGUACGAUUGGCAAGCACCCUUUGCUGUUUACUUCAUGGCACAAUGUAUCGGUCUGUCUACAGCUUUUACUUGCAGUCCAAUAUUUGUGAAUGAUAUCAAGAUCUAUGUAAUGGCUGGACUGAUGAUCUUUGGAUUAUUGCCAUAUUCUGUGUUGGAAUUAAGACUACACCGCCAACAAAAAAUUCAGGAUCGAACAGCUGAACUAUAAGGAUAACCAGCGAGAAAUGCUGCGUUCCUGACACAAACACUUGAAUUGAAACUUUUUGCUUAAUUUAAUGCUUUUUUGUGAUCUGAGUCAUUAAAAAAUCUAAUCCUCAUAUUAAAUAUGUGUAAAUUUAUUGUAUAUAACUGAUAUUUUAUCCAUCCAAUUCAUGUGAUGUUUCAAUUUUUAACUAUGUUAUUUUUUGUUUAUUUUUAUUAAGGUUCUGUUCCUGUUAACCCUUUGGCGUCAUUUCUAUAUAUUUCUUUUUGACGCUCUAAUUGCAAGAAAAAAUAGAUAUUUUAAUAUUUUUUAAUUAUAAAAAAGCAGUCUUAUAGCUUAAUGAUCUUUCUAUCGGAAUUAUAUUUGUACUAAAAUAUAAAAUCAAAAAAAGUAGUUUGAAUUUUUUUUUCCAUUCAUAUUCGAUAAUUUGCCAAUAAUUGUCUUUUUAAAUUAAAGAAAUUUCACUAAUGAAUAACUAUUUAUCUUAGAUCUAAACAACUGCAAAUAAAUGCAAAUUUUAAAAAAAAUAUUGUUUGGAAGUGUGCUGUAUAUGGAAUAUUUUACCUUUAUCGCAGAAAAAGACACCGCUUGUUUCAUGCGGUAUUUCAGAACCAUAAAAUAUUAAAAAUUCUAAAAGUAAUAUUUUUCACUCAUUUUGACCUAAAUUCAGCAUAAAAGGUAUGAAAAAUAUGCUUAAUAAUAAUUCUGUGUCAAAGGGUUAAAAAUUUGAAACUCGUUUAAUAGUGUUUAUAAUUUUUA